UUGGAAAAAAAGUAAAUUUCGAGUCGAUGAAAGUUGAGAAUAUUUCAAAUCGUACUUGUGGAUUCAAUAUGAGUCGUAUCCAAACCAUGUCCGGGCAUAAAGUUUCGUUGGCUGAUGUUGAACGCAUCGAUUCAUCACCCGGUGGGCUUCUUGGACGAGGGCCCUCCAAACUGGUGUUAUGAGACUCGCUACAAUGGCUGGAAUGCACCGCCGGACGUCUACAUUAGCCCCUACUGGAAACAGUUCAGGGCUCCUGCACCCUAUCUGCAUUACCUGCUGGGUAUUCUUUACAUAGGGUUGAUGAGUGUCUCUCUCAUUGGCAAUGGAAUGGUCAUUUACAUAUUUAUGGUGGCACGUAGCCUGCGAACUCCAGCCAACAUGUUUGUGAUAGCAUUAGCUAUGGCAGAUUUGCUCAUGAUGGCGAAAACACCUGUUUUUAUUUACAACUCUUUCAAUCUAGGACCAGCAUUUGGAAAUUUAGGUUGCAUCAUCUAUGGUGUUGUCGGUGCGUAUUCCGGCCUGGGUUCUGCUUUCUGCAAUGCCAUUAUAUCCUACGACAGAUACCGGGUGAUCGUCCAUCCAUUCAGUAAGGCCGGAAUGUCCAUGACCAAAGCAAUAAUAAUGAUCAUCCUGAUAUACGUGUACAUCUCUCCCUUCGCUUUGCUUCCCGCCUUCGAGAUCUGGAGUCGAUAUGUGCCGGAAGGAUUCCUGACCAGCUGCGCAGCUGAUUUCUUCAUGCAUGAUUUCAAUGGGAGAUCCUACAUCGUGGGGACCUGGUUCUUUGGAUGGCUCAUUCCCAUUUGUAUUGUCUUGUACUGCUACUUCAGGAUAUUUCUCGCCGUGAGAAAUCAUGAGAUGCAAAUCAAAGAACAGGCAAGAAAAAUGAACGUGGACAGUAUCCGAUCCAAUGCUGCUGUCAGCGGGUCUUCAGCUGAAAUUCGAAUUGCCAAGACUGCCUUCUGCGUCAUCUUGAUGUUCCUGUUCUCAUGGGUGCCUUACAUCUCGGUGGCCUUCAUAGCAGGUUUCUCUCACCCAAAUUUGCGAAGAAUCACUCCCGUGGUCUCCAUGAUUCCAGCCAUGACUCUGAAGGCCUCUGCUUGCUUCGAUCCUUUCUUCUACGCCAUCAGCCAUCCCCGGUAUCGUUUGGAGCUUCAGAAGAGAUUGCCUUGGCUCUGCAUCCACGAGAGACCAGAGGCUACUUCUGGAACUGAUGAUUCUGUGUCCAAGACCACAGACCAUGCUUGAGUUUGGAAAGAGAAUGACAUGUAGAAGAGUCCGCAUACUCCAUACACACACAUACAGAUACCGCUUCAGAUGUUUCUCGAUAGCAUUUCAUAAGUAAAAAUUAAACCUUUUUCAAUUCUUCAGCAGACGAUAAUUUUCUGAUAGAUUAAAUUCUCUUUCACAUUUAAAAUUAAUUUAGGAAAAUACACAUUUACCAAAAGAUCGCUCUUUGAGACCAGGAUUUAUAUACAAAUUUAAGUCUUUUCUAUGAUGCAUGAAAUAAUAUCAAGAGUCAUUAAACUGAAAAUAUUUACAUCUAGACGUAUAGCUAACUUAAGCGGAAAAGUGCUCUACGCUUCAUUCUCUUAGCUCGUUAAUUUUUUUUUUUUUUUUUUGUAUUUUAAUGCUGUGGUAAUGGUUUAAAUGGCGUUAAUCGAAAGAUGAAAUUUAUAUUAAUGUUUCCGAAAAAUUAACUAAAUAGAGAUGAUAUAAAAUUCUUAAUUAAUUAAUUAAUACAUCUUAAAAUAAU